AUGGCAUUCUCAAAGCCAGCUUUUUCCCCAGUCUCCCGCUAUCCCAUCCCUCUGAAAAGAAUCCCACGAAUUGCUGUGAAAUAUGUUCUCGACAAUGAAACCUUGGAUAAAAUGUGCAAUAGACGACUAAAGAAAUUGAAGGAAGCUAAACAUGCUUUGAGAAAAGCAAAAGAAGAUGAUAUCUCACUCUCAGAAAGUUUAAGAACGAUCGAUGCCCUCCAACGAUUGGGAAUUGACUACCAUUUCCAAGACGAAAUUAAAGCAGUUCUUAAUAGUCACUACAAGAUUUGUACUGCUUCUUCCAAUAAUCAAAACCUUGACCUUUCUCAGGUUGCCCUUCGCUUUCGAUUGUUAAGGCAGCAAGGUUACCACGUGCCUGCAGAUGUGUUUAACAAGUUCAAGAACGAGAAUGGGGUGUUCAAACAAGAAUUAGCUGUGGACAUCAAGGGAUUAUUGGAAUUGUAUGAGGCAUCUCAGUUGAAUAUCGGAGGAGAAUAUAUACUUGAUGAAGCUGAAGUCUUCAGUGGCCAUCUUCUUAAUUCAUCCGCAAUGCAUCUUGAUGAUCAUCUAGCUGGAAUUGUUGCAAAUACAUUGAAGCAUCCACACCACAAGACCUUAUCAAGAUCAGUGAUUAAAAUCUUUUUACUUAAUUUUCAAUGUACCAUCCAAUCUAAAGAGACUUUUCUGGAACUCGCCAAAUUAGAUUUCAACAUGCUUCAAUCUUCCCACCGAGAAGAAAUAGUUCAUAUUUCCAAAUGGUGGAGAGACAUUGAAUUGAAUAGGGAGCUGAUGUUUGCUCGAGAGAAACCACUUGAAUGGUUCGCCUGGCCCAUGGCAAGCCUUACAGAGCCAAGCCUGUCAGGACAAAGAGUGGAGCUUGCAAAAGUCGUUUCACUUUUCCACCUUAUACAAGACGUUUUUCAUUGCUGCGGGAGGAUCGAUCAACUUAGUCACUUCGUAGAAGCAGUCAAUAGAUGGGACAUUGUUGCUGCAAACAACUUACCAGAUUAUAUGAACAUGUGUUUAAAGGCUCUUUUUGACAUUACUGAAGGAAUUGCUUACAAGAUUUGUAGAGAUGAUGCAUAUAACCCAAAACGUUCUCUACAGAAUGCGUGGACAAGACUCUGCAAUGCAUUGCUAGGAGAAGCCAAAUGGGUGGCUGUUGGGCAGUUUCCGAGGGCUGAAGAGUAUUUAAAGAUUGCAAAUAGUACUUCUGGGAUACAUGUGCUGCUGCUUCACGCCUUCUUUCUAUUGGGCGAGGGCAUAACAAGGGAAACUGUGCACCUUGUCAACAAUGAUCCUGACAUUAUAUCUUCUGCGGAGACCAUUCUUUGUCUUUGUGAUGGCAUUGGAGGUGCCAAGGGUGAGGAUAAAAAAUGGGGGCUUGGAUCGUAUAUGGAGUGCUACAAGAGGCAAUAUCCAGGGACUUCAGUCCAGGACGCCAAAAAGCAUGUGCUGAACAAGAUUUUAGAUACUUGGAAGCAACUCAACAGGCACUGUCUCUCUCCAAAUCCAUUUUCAGAUUCUUUCACUAAGGCUGCUCUUAAUUGUGCAAGAUUGGCUCCUUUAAUGCAUAGCUUUGAUGACAAUCAUACAGUAAAACUCCCAAGCCUCCAGGAAAACAUGAAUUCCCUGAUCUUUGAAAGCAUUGCAGUUUAG